UUCACCCUCCCCAUGGCGCAGCCACUCCUCACCACUCCCAUCCCCCCCACCGCGGCGGCGCCGCCCCUCCGCCACCAGCCCAACUUCACCCACCUCAUCUCCACCGCCACAUCCCUACCUCACCUCAAACAAAUCCACGCUCAACUCCUCAGACACCCCCACCAUCAUCAACACCUCAUCCACCUCCUCCUUCCCUCCCUCUCCUUCCCAUCCUACGCCCUCUCCCUCCUCUCCGCCAUCCCCGCCGCCACCGCUCCGCCGCCGCCGAAGCUCUCGAACAAAAUCCUCAAGCAUCUCUCGCGCUCGAACGACCCCUACUACACGCUAUUGUUCCACCAGAAAAUGCAGGCCAAAGCCUUCCCCAUCGACAGGUUCACCUUUCCUCCAUUGCUGAAGGCGGCGUCGAAGUCCAUGGCGAUUAAUGAAGGGAAAAUGAUACACAGCUUGUGCGCGAAGCUUGGAUACGCGUCGGAUCCUUUUGUGGAAACUGCAUUGGUGGGAAUGUAUGCUGCCUGUGGAAUGGUUUCUGAGGCACGCCAAGUGUUCGAUAAAAUGUCCCAUAGAGAUGUCGUCACUUGGCACAUCAUGAUCGAUGGAUAUUGCCAAAGUCAGAGGUUUGAUGAUGUUCAAGCUCUGAUCACAGAGAUGAAGCGCUCCGAUAUAAAUCCAGAUGCAAGGCUUUACACGACUAUUCUUUCUGCUUGUGGCCGCGCCGGGAAUUUGGAACUCGGGAAGCUCAUGCACAGCCUCAUAUCCGAAAAUGGAAUUGUGAUCGAUUCCCAUUUGCAGAGUGCGCUUCUAAACAUGUAUAUAACUUCCGGGGCGAUGGACAUUGCGCAACGCAUGUACGAUAGCUUUUCAAAAAAGAAUGUCGUGGCGUCAACUGCCAUGAUCUCCGGACACUCGAAGAACGGUAAUGUUGAAGCUGCUCGGAUAGUUUUCAAUCAAAUUGAUGAUAAGGACUUGGUUUGUUGGAGUGCGAUGAUUUCCGGUUACGCGGAGAGUAAUAGGCCCCAAGAAGCUCUAAAAAUAUUCGAUGAUAUGCAACGGCGCGGAGUUAAGCCGGACCAAGUGACGAUGCUGAGUGUUAUUUCGGCGUGCGCUUCUCUCGGCGCGUUGAAUCAAGGGAAAAAAAUCCAUUCGAUUGUCGACGAUAAAGGAUUUGGAAAGGCUUUGCCGAUAAACAAUGCUCUGAUCGAUAUGUACGCCAAAUGCGGGAGUCUAGAGGACGCGAAAAGGGUUUUUGCUCGGAUGCGUAGGAGAAAUGUGAUAUCUUGGACGAGCAUGAUCAGCGCGCUCGCAACCCACGGAGAUGUCGAUGACGCCCUAACCCAUUUUCAUCAAAUGAAAAAUGAAAACGUCGAGCCGAAUUGGGUUACAUUCGUCGGCGUUCUUUACGCUUGUAGCCAUGCCGGAUUGGUUCAAGAGGGACGGAAAAUGUUCGAAGCUAUGGUUAACGAGUACGCGAUUACGCCUAAGCUAGAACAUUAUGGUUGCAUGGUCGACCUCUACGGUCGAGCUAAUCUUCUUGCUGAUGCACUCGAGAUCGUCGAGCAAAUGCCAAUGGCGCCGAAUGUUAUCAUCUGGGGUUCUUUAAUGGCCGCUUGUCGGAUUCACGGCGCAUUCGAAUUGGGCGAAUUUGCCGCGAAAAGCCUUCUUGAGCUCGACCCGGAUCACGACGGCGCACAUGUGUUUUUGUCGAACGUUUACGCGAAAGAGAAAAGAUGGAAAAACGUCGGGGAAGUGAGACACUAUAUGAAGAAGAAAGGCAUAACGAAGGAGCGCGGAUGUAGUAGGAUUGAAGACGACGACGGGAUCCACGAGUUUUUGACGGCGGAUAAAAGCCAUCGAAGAACGGGUGAGAUUUACGCGAAGCUAGAAGAGGUACGGGACGAGGUGGAAAAGAUUGGUUACGCGCCAAAUACGAAUUGCGUAUUGUUGGAUAUAGAAGAAGUGGAGAAGAAAGAGAUAGUUCUUUGGCACAGCGAGAAGCUCGCGCUGUGUUACGGUCUGAUAAGCUGCGAGCGACGCUCUUGUAUUCAUAUUAUAAAAAACCUUAGGAUCUGCGAGGAUUGCCACAGUUUUAUGAAAUUAGCGUCGAGGGCGAUGGAUAGGGAAAUUGUUGUAAGAGAUAGGACGCGAUUUCAUCAUUUUAGGCACGGUUCUUGUUCGUGUAAGGAUUAUUGGUAAGCGCCGCGGCUAGUACCCGUGCGCUCUUGUAUACAAAGACAUGAUUCGAUUCAGUUCGGUUCGGUUUAGUACAAACUUUGUACUUCUUCGGCCAUGGAUUUGUAUAUAAUGCAUUUUGAAUAUAUCAAGUCAUUUUGUAAUUGUAGACAAAACUG